CUUCAAACAGUUUCAGUUACAGUGGAAGUUCGGUUAAAAUCGUUUUUUGUCUCUCCAGUAUUCCAGAUAUACAUAACGAAUGUAUUUUUAGUUGAAAAUUCCAACUCACGCGUACCAUAUUAACACUUUUCGAGUGGAUUUUCGUAUAUACGUUAAAAUGUUUCUCUCUAAUUGUUUGUGACCUCGGCUUCUUUAACUUAUUGGAUUUACUUAUUGUGGAUAUUUUGUUUAUUUGUUCAAAAUGCCUUUGUUCAAAAGAAAACAAGAGAGGAGGAAGUCUCUUUCUAGGAAAGAAAUUUCUUUGGCUCGAUUGGAAAAUUUCAGGAAGGAAGUGAUUACAGACCAUCAUACCAUCCAAUUAAACGAUCUCUGCCGAAAACUUCAAACUGACAAGGAAAAUGGACUGACUCCACAACAAGCAGCCGCCGUGAUGCAAAAAACGGGACCAAAUCAAUUAACUCCUUCUCACAAAGUGCCUGAAUAUAUUAAGUUUAUUAAAACAUUAACACAAGGUUUUUCGUUAUUAUUAUGGAUAGGAGCCGGUCUUUGCUUCACCGCUUGCCUUAUUAGAAAAGUUACAACAGAAGAAACAGAUACAGAUAAUCUUAUAUUAGGAUUGGUGCUUGUUGUAGUAGUUGUUGUUACUGGAUGUUUUAUGUAUUCCCAAGAGCACAAAAGUCAAAAGAUCAUGGAAUCAUUUGCUAAUAUGGUUCCUCCAAAAGCAACUGUGAUAAGAGGAGGAGAAACAAUGACUAUUGUUUCCAAAGAGAUAGUAGUAGGUGAUCUGGUAGAAAUGAAGUUUGGAGAUCGGAUACCAGCUGAUAUUAGAAUAAUUCAUAGUCAAGGAUUUAAGGUAGAUAAUUCAGCUUUAACAGGUGAAUCGGAACCUCAAUAUCGCGGAACUGAAUGUUCAAGUGACAACAUAUUAGAAACUAAGAAUUUUGCUUUUUUCUCCACUAAUGCUGUAGAAGGAACUGCAAGAGGGAUCGUCUGUGAGACCGGUGACCGAACAGUAAUGGGAAGAAUCGCUGGUUUAACAGCCCGUCUGCAACCAAAUAAAACACCAAUCGCUAGAGAAUUAGAACACUUUAUGAAAAUCAUCAGUGUGUGGGCUUGUUUCCUUGGUUUUGUAUUUGGAUCCGCGGCUCUUGCUAUGAAUUAUUCUUGGAUUGAAGCUUCUCUGUUUCUUAUAGGAAUUAUUGUCGCUAAUGUACCUGAAGGUCUCCUUGCCACAGUAACUGUUUGUCUAUCAGUAACUGCCAAAAGGAUGGCAGCUAAAAAUUGUCUUGUAAAGAAUUUGGAAGCUGUUGAAACUCUGGGAUCCACUUCCAUUAUCUGUUCAGACAAAACUGGAACUCUAACUCAAAAUAAAAUGACGGUGUGUCAUUUUUGGUGUUACAAUCAAAUUAUGGAUGCUGAUUCUACAAUCCAACAGGACCAUGCAAAGGACUACAAUAAAUCAGAAAGUUUUCAUACUCUUAUGCGUUGUGCCACGCUUUGUAAUAGAGCAGAGUUUGUACAUGGUGAAGAAAAUAAACCAGUUCUGAGUCGUUUGGUACGAGGAGAUGCAUCUGAAGAAGCAAUUCUAAAAUUCGUCGAGUUAACACAUAUUCACGGAGAUCCCACUACGUUCAGGCACAACAAUCCCAAGCUAAUAGAAAUACCCUUCAGCUCUGUUACUAAAUACCAGAUCAGUAUUCAUGCAAUGCAAGAAGGUGGUUGUCUAAUGGUAAUGAAAGGAGCUCCGGAAAGAAUUUUAGCCCGGUGUUCACAUAUGUGCACUGCAAAAGGUACGGAGGAAAUGACCGACGAGAUGCGAAUGGCAUGUGACAAAGCAAUGACGGAAAUGGCUGAAAAGGGUGAAAGAGUUCUUGGUUUUGCAGAUCUUAUGUUAGACAGCACCUACACAAAAGAUUAUAAGUUCUGCGCCGAACCAGCGAACUUUCCUAGAAAAGAUCUUAGAUUUGUUGGAUUUAUGUCUCUGAUUGAUCCUCCAAGGCCUCAAGUACCCGACGCUGUCCAAAGAUGUAGAAGUGCUGGUAUAAGGGUCAUUAUGGUUACCGGUGAUCACCCUAUAACAGCUAAGGCCAUUGCUAAGCAAGUCGGCAUAAUUAAGUGUACAGACGUCAUCGACGCCUUUAAUAUCAACGUUAUUGAGACUCUGCCGCCAAACAUCAAAAACAAGGCAAUAGUCAUUCAUGGUUCUGCUUUAAGAGAUGCUACUAAUCAGGAACUGGACAACAUCCUGUAUAAUUUUAGAGAAAUUGUAUUUGCCCGAACUUCACCCACACAGAAGCUGCAUAUAGUAGAAGGGUGUCAAAGGCUUGGAGAAAUAGUUGCUGUCACUGGUGAUGGUGUCAAUGAUGCUCCAGCUUUGAAGAAAGCAGACAUCGGUAUUGCCAUGGGCAUAUCAGGAUCAGAAGUAUCCCAACAAUCUGCAGACAUGAUUCUUCUGGAUGAUAAUUUCGCAUCAAUUAUUACCGGAGUGGAAGAAGGACGUAGGAUAUUUGAUAAUUUAAAGAAGUCUAUAGCUUAUACUCUUGCGUCAAAUGUGCCUGAAAUUCUACCUUUCCUGGGUUUCGUACUUCUCAACAUUCCACUUCCAUUAGGUGUUAUGGCCAUUUUAUGUAUAGAUUUACUGACAGAUAUGUUACCUGCAAUCAGUUUGGCUUACGAAAAAGCGGAAAGUGAUAUCAUGAGCCGUCCACCCAGAAAUCCUAAAAAAGACAAGCUGGUUACAAGAAAGUUAUACUUUUUGGCUUAUGGUCAUAUUGGUAUGAUAGAAGCUCUAUGUGGAUUUUUUGUUUACUUUGCUAUAAUGGCUGAAAAUGGAUUUAUGCCUAGGGAUUUAUUUGGUUUACGUGCUCGAUGGGAUUCAGAAAAUGUAAAUGAUUUAAUGGAUUCUUAUGGACAAGAAUGGACUUACGAACACAGAAAGGAGUUGGAAUAUACAUGCUACACAGCUUUUAUGAUAUCCGUAGUCGUCACUCAAUGGGCAGAUUUAAUUGUAUGCAAAACUAGAGUCAAUUCUAUUUUUGUACAAGGAAUGGGAAAUAUGGUACUUAACAUUAGUUUAAUAGUGGAAACUGUAGUUGCUUGCAUGUUAUCAUAUAUUCCUGGAAUGUAUUAUUUGAAGUUUUAUCCAAUCUUGUUUAGAUGGUGGUGUUACUCAUUUCCUUUUGCAGUGUUCCUUUUCAUCUUCGACGAAUUCAGAAAAUGGCGCUUACGCAAGAAUCCGGAUGGAUGGUAUCGCAAAGAAACCUAUUACUAAUUUUAUUUAUUCGUAGAACGUUUUUAAUGUAGUUUAUAAUUUUGUAGUUAAAUAAAAACCUUAUUAAUAUAUACUUUAAUAGAUAAAUAUAUAUGUAAGACUCAGGUAGUUCGUAAUUUAAUGGUUAAUUUUAUUAUUGCCGUGUUUUUGUAAAGUGGUUCAUUAGUUUCGUUACCGAGUAGUUGUUACCAGUUCAUCAAUUGUAUUUUAUUUAAAAGCUGCAAUAAAAAGGAAUCUCAUCAUUAAAAA